AUGGCACCAAGCACUCAAACAAUCCGCACAGGCCCACUCAAGGGAUUAAAGGCAGCAGAUGUAUUGACCCCCAUGCGUAUUUGUUUCCGGGUGCGCGUGGAAGAUGUUCCGGGCGCGCUGCCGGAUCGAUGCGUGAUUCUCGCCAACGACUUCUUGAACCGCAACUUUCAUCGCGACUUUGAUCGCGAGCGCGACUACGCGCACACCCCCGUCAACACUAGGAACGAAGGCAAAGCGUGGAUAAUUCUCGAUGUUAACAAGCACGUAGAACCGAAGCCAGAUCCGAGGACCGUGGAGCUCGUGACGCUCAGAGUCAAACGCGUCCAGGGUUCAUUGGAGUAUGGAACAGUGCAUUACGCCAACAUUCGAUCGUACACGUCUCUCUUCCCAUGGGGUGCCAGGCGAAUCAGAAUGUAG